AUGAAGGUUUCACUUGUUCUUGGGGCCAUUGCCCUAUUGCCCACAGUCAUUUCGGCCAAGGCAUCGCCACCCGCAGCAAUUGCCGAAUAUUGCAGGCAAAAAGGCCAAUUUGCCCAGUUGGUGAAAGGAGUCUGGAAAUGCGUCCAAAUCUCAGACGUCUGCAGUCCAGGUGAGGAUGCAGGCACUAUUCACCAAGACAAAGAUACCGGCGAAUGGGUUUGUUGCUUAAAGGGCCAUGAGUUGAAAGACGGCCGAUGCGCACCACCUGCCUCCGAGUGUCCUCUUCCUACUGGAUUUUGCAAAUCUCCAACUUGUGCAAAAACCCUGAGGUCUGCCGAACUGGAGACUCUUCUCCGUCAAGCCUUUUUGGAAUGUUUCCCCCAUGACGAGAUACACCUGGAUUCAUUCAUUAGGUAUCAGAUAAACUCUCUCGAAACUGGAAUCAAUCUUUUUGAAAAGAUUUAUCAGGACAAGCAGCAGCCACUCGACGGGCGCCAAUCACCUUCCAAUCCUUCCAGGGAAUGGUGGAAUUGUGCUCAGGAUAAUUCGCCCUGCAAAUGGCUUGCUUUGGAGCAUAACAACGCCCCCAAAAAGCUGGCGCCAUCGGGUUAUGAAAAGAUGAUUCUCCCUAACCCAAACCAGCCAAUCUCCAAUUACAUAUAUCCAUUCGAUAUGUGGAUGACGAAGCUUGCCGGUGGGCAAUUCACACUUUACAUCAACGGCAAUCAGAUCCAACCGCAUGACUCAGGCCUUGACUUUUUCAUCCCUGCCGGAACUGCCGCUGAUGACGUUUGGUAUAAGUCUGAAACUGGUGCCCUGAUUCUCUUCUACGGAUCGUGCUCUGCCGAUACCCCAUGUUUGGGAAGACAAGUCGUUCCUUGGACUAGAGGUGUUUCGCAUAAACGACUGGGACAAGAUGGAGAAAUUUACAUUGGGCAAUACGAUGAUGACUUGGUUCUUACCAUUGCCGAUACUGAGACGACUUCCGAGCAAUAUACUGUUUUCGCCGACGGCGUAAAACUUGGCUCUACACAUGGCAGGCUCACUUUAGGAGAUGAAAAGUACAAGAGAUCUAAUAUUCGUAUGGUCGAUGUCGGAUCUGGAGCUGCCGGCGCUCUACGGAGCAUCGCGAAUGAUGGGUUCUGGGGAUCAUUCAAGAUUCCGAGAGGAGCUAGGAAGAUUACCAUCGUUGAUGAUUCGUCCGACUUCGACUUCGCCUUUGAGUAUCGUCUUGAUACUGCAUGUAGCUGCUAA